AUGAAGGAUCCUGUCGUUCAGUCGUUAUCCUUGACGGCCCAACCUAGACGAGCUCUUACAUUUCCGGUCCUGUAUAAUCUGGCUGACAAAUUUCCACUCAACACUUCUCAAGGAGUUGAACAAGACUACUGUGGUAAAUGCGAUUGCAAUGGUCAUUCACAAACCUGUAAUGCAGAUACUGGCGAAUGUUCCUGUGAACACAACACCGUUGGUGAAAAAUGCGAACGUUGUGCUGUUGGAUAUUACGGGAAUCCUCUAAGAGGAACGGUGCAAGACUGUCAACGUUGCGCUUGUCCUUUGGAAGACGAUAGCAACAACUUUAGCCCCAGUUGCCAGCUAGAUUAUUUUAACUUGGACAACGAAGGUGGAUAUGUAUGCACUCAGUGCCCCAAGGGGUACACAGGAGAUCACUGUGAAGUAUGCGACGAUGGCUAUUUUGGUAGCCCUUUAGAAAUUGGAAGCAGUUGCAAACCUUGUGAUUGUAAUGGUGGACCCUGUGACAGAAAGACAGGUCAAUGUCUGUCUUGCAAAGGAAAUACCGAAGGGUGGAAAUGUGAAAGGUGCAAGCAGGACCAUUAUGGAGAUCCAACGAUACCAAACUGUAAAAUUUGCGAGUGUGAUCCACUUGGCUCCAUUUCUAAACAGUGUCAUAAUGAAACGGGACAGUGUGUAUGUAGAGAGAAGUUUGUGGGAAGAACCUGCGAUCGUUGUGAGGUUGGAUAUGGAAAUGUUACAGCUCUAUGUCAACCUUGCGCUUGCAACUCAAUUGGUUCCAAGUCUGGAUUAUGCGACAUUCAUACUGGUAUUUGCGACUGCCUACCUGGAGUAGAAGGGUUUCGAUGUGACGCCUGUCAAAACUUACAUUGGGGCUUUUCUAUAACUGGAUGUCAAGCCUGUCGCUGCGACCCGAACGGCUCCAAGUACUCGUCCUGCGACCCGACCAGUGGAAACUGUAUCUGCAAGACGCAUUACGAAGGAAGAACAUGCGACAAAUGCAAGGACGGUUAUUGGAAAACGUUCAAGAAAGACUGCAUCAAAUGCCAUUGUAACGAAAAAGGUUCUAUGGACAGUGUUUGCGAUCCAGAAAAUGGACAGUGCAAAUGUCGUCCUGGUGUAACAGGUCAGAACUGUGAUAAAUGUAUGACGUCAUUCUACGGGACGGUUGAAACGGGAUGUUUAGAAUGUGAACCCUGCUCAAAGCCAGGUCAUAUAUGCGGCAAAGGAGGAAAAUGCGUUUGUCCCGACCUUACCAGUGGAAAAGAGUGCGACCAGUGCGUUACCAACUCAUAUGGAUACGUACCCCAAUUAGGUUGCAAGCCUUGCAAUUGUUCCUCGGUAGGUUCUUCGUCUUUACAAUGCGGUCAAGACGGUACCUGUUUCUGCAAGCCAGGAUUCUCAGGAGAUAAGUGCGACGAGUGCGCUUUUGGAUAUUACGGUUAUCCCAAUUGUAGGAAAUGUUUAUGCAGCAUCGAUGGUACUGUUCCGGAGCACUGCCGGGAUGGAGAAUGCCAAUGCGACGCAGACGGCAAUUGUUUAUGCAAGGAAAACGUGAGGUCCAAAAAGUGUAACACAUGCAAGGAGGGAACCUUUGGCUUAACCAAAGAUAAUUCUAAAGGAUGUAUGCAAUGUUUCUGUUUCCAUAGAAGCACACAUUGUACCGACACUCAAUACCACUGGGAUAAAAUCAGAGUUCAACGCUCUGUUAAUAAGCGAGAAGUUAUUAACUCAGAUAUAAUUAGUUUACCAAAGGAAUUUACGGGUGAUCUCACAACUUCUUAUGGCGGAUACCUUAGCAUCAACAGUACCGGUGGCCGAUUUACCGUUUUCAUCACAGGAAAUUCAAUAUCACUACAAUCCGAAAUCAACACAGCCGAAAUUAAGUUGAACGAAAGAAGUUGGAAGAUCACGUCAGGAAAUAUAUCGUCUCACUGCCAAGAUGUCUUCACCAGAGAAUGCCUUCUUUUGGUUCUACAAAAUGUCUCAUCUGUUAUAGUUCAGGGCCAGGAUAUGCAUUUCAGAAUAAUUGAAGUUCUCCUAGAUUCAGCUAAACCAGAUAAUCACAACAUUCGAACAAGCCAUACCGUUGAAAAAUGUGAAUGUCCUCCAGAAUAUACUGGACUGUCCUGUCAAGACCCAAAUGAAGGAUACUAUAGACAUUUCCCUGGACCCUCAGAAAUUACAGCAACGCCGUGGAUAGAUAGAACGAUUGGUAUCGCAAAACCGUGUGACUGUAGUGGACGAUCAAAUAAAUGCAAUCCAUCUACAGGGCAUUGCAUUAAUUGCACCAACAACACCACUGGAUCUCACUGUGAAUUGUGCGCUUCAGGUUACUAUAGUAGAUCAAAUGCCUGCUUGCCUUGCUUAUGCCCAUCGGAAUUCUUAAAUAACGCAAAUAGUUGUUAUCCUCAUGGACACGGAUUUGUAUGCAACUGCAAAAAAGGUUAUAGUGGCUCUAAAUGUGAUGUCUGUGAGGAUGAAUACUAUAAAGAUCAAAUUUCUGGGAGAUGUAUCGCUUGUAACUGUCACGAAUAUGGAACACUAUUUCCUCUAUGUGAUUCCAACGGUAAAUGUCAAUGUAAGCCUGGAUUUCAAGGUGACAAGUGCAACCAAUGUUCAAGUGCCAGGGAAUACAUUAAAAACGGAAUAUGCACACCAUGCGAUGAAUGUACACAGCUAUUAUUCCAUGACAUUGAUCAGCUGAAUGAGGAUCUAGAUUUUGCCUGGAAACUCUUCGAAGGAGGAUUAGCACCGCCAUGGAAAAUUCUAAACGAUAUGAAGAUGCGAUAUCAAAAUUUAUCUCAUCACUUUCUAACCAAACAAAACCGAGCCAAAGAGUUAUCAAACAAAAAUGGAACUUUAAUUGCCUUAGAAAAUAAAUUAUUUAAUAUGGACCGUAGAGUUAAAAACUUAGAUAACCUCGCUGAAAUUAAUCAUAACGAAGUUGAGAAAUAUAUUACCUCUUUGCAAACAAUUAAUGAUGAUUUGGAGAAUCUCAAAAAUAGAUUAGAAAGCAUUAUCGUGAGUUUAGAGAACUUCGACAAACGUCAUUUAAAUGUAGAAAAAAGUCUUAAAAAGGCUCAAAGAAUUUUGGAAAGUAUUAAAAAAUUGUUGUCUGUGGUAGAAAAUUAUGAAAAAAACGAUAACAAAGUUUACCGUUAUUGCGAUGAAAUAGACAGAAAAAUUAACGAAGAAUAUUUUAAAGAACCAGCACAAUUACCACAUAAUCAAUUAAAUGAGUUUGUUAAAAAGUUAAAUGAAAUUGAACAAAUCACACAAGAAAUAAACAAUAAAAUUGAUACCACUCAAAUUAAAAAUGAUAAUAACUCAGACAGACUCUACCGUUUAAGAAAGUUGAUUGAAACUUUAAAUUCUUUACUCCAAAAUCACGAUAACAACAUAAAAGAUAUCGAAGAUAAGUUGGAUUUAAUAGAAAAAUCUUACCAGAAAGCUGAGGAUCUUUAUGAGCAAAUGAAAAAUUUAAAUUUAAGUGAUUUUAAUAAACUAAAACAAGAAUUAGAGCAGUAUGAAGAAGAAAGAGAUACUUUAGAAGAUUUGUUAUUGAAUGCUAACAAACACGCAGAGGAAAUUGAUAGAACUAUAAAUUGGUAUAAAAGUCUAUUAAACUUUACCAAAGAGGAAUGGAGAACUAUUAAUGCUAGUAGUGCCUAUGAAGAAAUAGUAAAAGGUAUAAAGCAAGCUAAAGAUGUAACCAAUGAAGCUAAAGACAUUCUAAAUGAGGCUCUAGAAAUAAUAAAUCCCAAAGAUUCAGAUUCGAUAGGAACUAAAGCAAGCGUAGCCCAUGCAAGUUCCGAUAGACUCAAGCAAAGGAUCAUUAAUUUAAAAAACAUUUCAAAUAGUCUCAAUUCUGUUAAGAAGAAAAUAGACGACUUUAAGUACAAGCUAAUACAGAGUGGUAAAUCUAAUAACGAGCUAAACAAAAUAUUAUUAAAUUUGGAACAUCAAAUAACAAGGGGAGGGUACGUUGAUGAUCUUAAUGAAGUUAUUAAAAAUGCUACUGAAAUAUCCGAAAACAUGCAACUGGUCGAUAAAGAUAUAUACGAUUUGUAUCUUACCAGCCAGUAUGGUAUAUUUAAGACCUACGAAAUAUAUAAAAAUCUUACCUCCGACGAGGAAGCGAAUAAAGUUAAAGAAGAGAUGCGUAAAACCCGGGAGAAGUUGCAAGAUAUCUAUAGAAUUUUAGAAGAUCGAUCAACGGAUGCAGGCAAAGAGAAACAAUCUCCGGAAUUGGACAAUAUAGCUGCAAAAAUAAAAGAACUACAGAACUCUGUUUUAUAUGCAAAGCAAAUGGCUGAAUCAGUGGAUGUUGCCGUAUCUCUCUCCAAUUGUUCCAUGUUCUAUUCCGUUCCUCAUUCAGAAAUCUUCCAAAGUUUGGCAAUAACCUUCAACUGCGACGAAUGCCAACUUUUCCGCUGGAACACGUCAGGUGAUCUUUUGAAUCUGCGCAUCGUGAAAGGCAAAGCGGUACUCGCCUUGGGCAACAACGAAUUCAUCCGAACAGAACAAAAAUUAAAUAAUUCGAUGGAAACGACGGUGUUUGUUUCCAGAAGCGGUCAACUGAUCCAGAUCAAAUUCGACAACGAACUAUCCUGGAGAUGGAAGAAAAUCGGAAAUAGAUUUUUGACGAUGGACCCGAACGACGUUAUUGAGUUUGGAGAUGCAAAAACAGCUUCCAAUCCGUCAUACAUCUAUAAACUAUCUAUUAACGAUCAUAAUGUGGGACUUUGGAAUUUAAUCAAUUCUUCGAAUGGUUGCCAGGGACACGAUAGAGUAAACGCUCAAGACUUUGAUACGGCCAAGUCCUUCUACAUCGGUAACGGAUAUAAAAUGCUUGCCAUUAACCCAGCUGUUCGACCAGAUAAAUUCAAUUUAAGAUUCGAUUUUGCUACUUUUGACGAACACAGUCUCAUUUAUCUCGCUCAGGAUACAGAGAAUCCUUGUUCCUUUAUUUCCCUCACAUUAGACGACGGCUAUUUGAAGCUAGAUAUUCGACAUAAGAACGGCCAUAGAGUUUCACUAAGGACAGCCGAAAAAUACAACGAUGGUAGUGAUCACUUCGUAGAACUAACAAUGAUUUUGGUGGACAGGAAGUGGCAGAACUAUAACUUGAAAACGGAGAAAGAAACAGAAACCAAAGAGAAUAUGCUGGCAUCUAACGCAGUAUUUCGACUGAAGAAAUCGCAACACUAUGUAGGUGGAAUAUCACCUACAUUAAACAAAUCAUGCAUUGAUGUUUCCACUAUAUCUUUUGUUGGAUUAUUAAGUGAGGACAGUCAGCUGAGUGAUGAGUCGCUAUCGACGGGUGUAAUAAAGAAAUUUGGUACUGGACAGUUGGAACUGGAAAAAGCCUGGUUUAAUGGAAACGGUUCUUUAAUUCUAAAUUUCCCUAUCACUUCCGCAAAAGGUGAUCCAAAGCUCAAUAAUAUCGGAUUCACACUUCGUCCGUUGAGCGACACAUCGGCUCUUAUCGACGUUAAUAAAGUGUGCAUCAUAGCUUUAAAAAAUAAGCUUAUUCAGAUAGAUCUGCUCAACGAAGGUCCCUACGAAAUCAACAAAUCGCUAAACAUUAACGACUAUAACUGGAUAUCCAUAACUUUGAAAAAAGACAAGAUUAACGUUUUAAUAAACGGAGAAGAAUUUAUUGUGCCCAGAAGCAAAACGGAAAGACUUCCUGAACAGAAGACAGUUCAAGUAAUAUUGGGAGAUGCACCAGGUCAUAAUAAGUUUUCAGGCAGUAUCAGAGAUCUUCUAGUAAAUGAUGAAAAAAUUUUAUUUAGCUCAGACACAGUAGAAUCCUUCCACAAUGUAAAACUUGGCAGAGAGGAACAGCUAAUAAGUAACAAAAUUGUUAAGUAUAAAAUUAAAGAUCUCCCCAGUUCAACUACUGUCAACAUAAUGCAAAGCACGGAAAGGCGCCCACCACCUUCGGCGUAUAAUAUCGAACCAUUCGCUAUUAGUCUGGGUGACCAAGCAGAAAGUUAUAUCCAGGUUCAGAAUAACUUCUGGAAACGAGAUUUUGUUUUGGAAUUUGAGUUCAGAACUUUCGAACCGAAUGGAAUGAUUUUCGUUUCUGCUGGAAGUACCAGUCAACCUCACUACAAUCUCCUGGAACUUAAAAACGGUCUGGUACAAUUUGUUGUGCGGGGAAAAAGGAAAACGAUAAAGAAUUGGCCAAUCACCUUUGUAAAGGAAGUGAAUGAUGGCGAUUGGCAUCAUAUCAAAAUCACAAAGAAAAAUGGCAAGAAGUUACAAGUAUCACUAGAUGGGGAAUCCAAAAAACCAGUCAGAAUACCGAAAACAAUAGUAAGAAAUGAAAUAUUCUUUGGCAGUGUUCCAAAUGGUUACAUUGAAAAUAAAGAAUUGAAGGGGAAACUCCGACCAUUCAGAGGAUGUUUACGAAAUUUGCGAAUCAAUAAUGAAACGAAAUUAAAUCAGAAGAGUGGUAAAGAUAUCCUUUCUAACAAUAUUAGACAAUGUUUCCCCCGAAUAGAGGAAGGAGGCUAUUUUGGUGGAGACGCUUAUGCAAUUUAUAAAAGAGGUUUCCGCAUCGACAAGCAACUGGAACUAAAUUUCGAAUUCCGUACAACCGAACUAAACGGAAUUUUAUUAACUAUUUCUGAAGCAGACGACUACCCCGCGCUUUAUGUAGAGCUUCAUGACGGUUCUGUUAUCAUGACUGUCAAUUUGGGAAAUGGCAUCGAAACGAGUGUCACCAAUGGGCUGGUUUCGGACCUGUGCAAUAAUAUGUGGCACCAAGUGACGGCCCUAUAUUCAAGUUCGGACUUGACAGUUAUCGUUGAUGGCGUCAUAAAGAGCUGGGUUCUGAGUGACGCUUAUUCAAUCGUGGAGGAGAUGGUGGCGCCCCUAUACAUUGGAGGACUACCAGAUCUCUCCGAAAAUGCCGAUUUAAUAAGAACCAGACAAAACUUCAAGGGAUGUAUUAAAAAUUUAAAAGUACAAGGCGCGAAGACAGAAUGGACAGAUAUGGAAGAGUUGCACAAUAUUCUCCUUAAUUCCUGCCCUGUUGUGUCAUGAUCACAACAUCAACGAUUUUAUGGUGCCAUUUUUAUAACAGAAUAUUUUCAUAUUUAAAAAAAUAUCCAAAUAUUUGUGAAACGAGAAGUAUUAGUUUACCAUAAGUAUAAGGUACAAUUUUAUAAUAGUCAAUAAAGAAACCACUGCCAUUUUUAAAUGUAAAUACUUUAUUUUGUAUAUAUUUAUUUAUAUAAAAAAAAAGUUUUCUAACGAUAUCAAUCACACAUGUGCCUAUGUUACAUCCUAGUUCUGUAAAUAUAGAUAUU